UCUCCUGGAGGAGCUUGUCAUGCUGACUUCCCUGAUAUGAACUCGGCUGUUAUUGUAAUUGGAGAAGUUCAGAACUUUGUUGCUGAGCAUGGCUUUGGUUCACUUUGGGGGAGUUCAGGUUCUUACUUAGAGCAUAGUUUCUUAGCUCCAGAGGGUAAGAUGUGUGCUUUUCAGUUUCCUGGGGAAGUUUGUCUUGCUGGCUUCCUGAUAUGAACUCAGCUGUUCUCAUCGUUGGAAGAGCACGGGACCUCAUCAUCGCCUUCCUCAGUCAGCCCUGGUGCUGCUGCAUCUCCUUCUCAUCACUGGAUCUAAGACGAUGGAGCUGACGCUGCUUUAAGAGUAGAGGAAGAAGAGAAUAAAGCGAACCUCGUGCUGUUUCAUAAACCCACAUUAUUGGCUGUUGGCUUGUUUCUAGAUGUCUUCUCAAAGCCUCCUGUGGACACAGGAUGUUCUGCUCUUCUCCACGAUGAAUGAGUGUCACUAUGAUAAACGGAUGGACUUUUUUUAUAACAGGAGCAACACCGACACUGCUGAUGAGUGGACAGGAACAAAACUCUUAAUUGUUUUGUGUGUUGGGACAUUUUUCUGCCUGUUUAUUUUUUUUUCUAAUUCUCUGGUCAUCGCAGCUGUGAUCAAAAACAGAAAGUUUCAUUUCCCUUUCUAUUAUCUAUUGGCAAAUUUAGCUGCUGCAGAUUUCUUUGCUGGCAUUGCCUAUGUAUACUUGAUGUUUAACACUGGCCCAGUUUCCAAAACUUUGACUGUCAACCGCUGGUUUCUUCGCCAGGGGCUUCUGGACACUAGCUUGACUGCCUCUCUGACCAAUCUGCUGGUUAUUGCCGUGGAGAGGCACAUGUCAAUCAUGAGGAUGCGGAUCCACAGCAAUUUGACCAAAAAGAGGGUGAUACUGCUCAUUCUGCUGGUGUGGGCCAUCGCCAUCUUCAUGGGGGCGGUCCCCACGUUGGGCUGGAAUUGCCUCUGCAACAUCUCUACCUGCUCCUCCCUGGCCCCCAUUUAUAGCAGGAGUUACCUCAUUUUCUGGACUGUGUCUAACCUCAUGGCCUUCUUCAUCAUGGUGGUGGUAUACCUUCGGAUCUACAUGUAUGUCAAGAGGAAAACCAAUGUCCUGUCUUCACAUACCAGUGGGUCCAUCAGCCGCCGGCGGGCUCCCAUGAAGCUCAUGAAGACAGUAAUGACUGUCUUAGGUGCGUUUGUAGUGUGCUGGACCCCGGGCCUGGUAGUGCUGCUCCUGGACGGCUUGAACUGCACGCAGUGCGGCGUACAGCACGUGAAACGCUGGUUCCUGCUGCUGGCCUUGCUCAACUCGGUCAUGAACCCCAUCAUCUACUCGUACAAGGAUGAGGACAUGUACAGCACCAUGAAGAAGAUGAUCUGCUUCUGGCAAGAGAGCAACCCGGAGAGGCAGCCUUCCCGCAUCCCCUCCACCAUCCUCAGCAGGAGCGACACGGGCAGCCAGUGCAUGGAAGAUAGUAUUAGCCAAGGCACGGUCUGCAACAAAAGCAGCUCCUGAGCUCCAGACUCUUCUCCACUCACCCAGGCCUCCCUGGAAGCCGAGCUGUUAAAAUGCUUCCCUGUCUCUCUGAAGCCCAUGACAGUGUUAAUGAGGUCUAUCUAAAUGAAUCAUCGCUAGAUGUAAAACAAUGUUAUUUUCUCCUUGAUGUCACAGUUGCGAAGUGUGAGCAGUGCAGAGACCACACUGUGCCCUUUGCGAACUUGCGCAUACACUCAGGAGGCAGCGCCACGGUCCGCUGCUCAGAGCAUCUGCCUCGGCCAUCCUGUAGCCAUUUUCUGUGUUUUAAAAGAUGUUAAGUGGCUUAGGCCACAGUAAAUAAUAAAUAAUGUUACUUGAGCCACCUCAUGUAGCUGCUAAGAAAACCUAUGUAGUUCUUUCUGCAUGCAUUUAAGACUUUCAGAAGUGCUUCAGCAAUGGUAUUGUUUUUCCCUCAAAGAAACCGUGGCCGGUAGCUAGGUAUUAGUCGAAAUCGAAGAAUAACACCUCAGUAAAUGUGAUAUUUUUUUUUCUAGAAAAAGAACAUUUGAAGUAAGAAAAGGCCUUGGUGUGGUCCUCUCCCCAUGCCUGCACGCACAUGUGCACAGCUACCCGUACAAUUUAACUUCAUGUUCAAAGAACCGAGGACAGGGUUGGUGAAAUAAAUUCACUGCUCACCUGGACUUUCUGGCCUAGGCCAGUCACUUAUAGAUGUGACCUGUUGUGCUGUAAAUGAAAAGAGAAACUUCACUUAAAGUGAGUUUUUAUAACUGAGAAAAGAUACACUGAGAAGCAAACGAAAUCAGUUCCAUAUAGGAUCAAAUCUGAGCAUGACUGGAAUCCUUAAUUUUAGUUUCCUCCAUAUUCCUGGUGGCUUGUUAGAUUUAGUAUUUGUGGAAUAAUUUCACGUCUCAUAUUUUGCCCAAGGUUAUCAACACAUUUUGGAAUGUAUCUUACUUGUGGAAUAAAUUUUGAUCCAGGUUCUAUUUUGAAUUUUUCUCCUUCAAAGACCCAAGUAGGCAACAUAAAAGGCAAAUCAGUAUAACAGAAAAAUAGUAUGUUAUCCUCAUAGGCUACCAAAGUUCUCUAUAUAAGACAUUUAAAGUAUAUUGUGAUUUAAAAUAAAAAUAACUUCAAGGCAGAUAAUAUAGUAUUUAUGUAGUUUGCAAAAGAAGUUUACAUUUUUUUAGCUAUUGUGGCAUAACAUUUAUGUGCAGGAACUACUUGUAAAUAAAAGAAUUUGAGAAGCUGUGCUUUUAGAUAUUGUGGCCUAGAAUAGAGUAUUAUGAUUUCAAAGUGUAGAUUUCAUAAGCUCUGUGUAGUAAGUGGUCUAUCUGAAGCUUAUAUCAAACCUACCUAUAAAAUAAAAUUUAAGAUCUA